AUGGGCCAUGUCAUGAAAGGAAUUUUUCAUAUGAAGAAAUCAAGGUUCAGCAAGGUUAAAUAUGAGCCCAUGGUCAUACGACUGCAACAAAAGUCAUCUGGGAAGGCGCUGUUUAACCUGAGUUGCAGCCAUCUAAAUCUUGCUGAAAAGGAAUAUUUUGGAUUAGAAUUCUGUAGCCAUUCUGGAAAUAAUGUCUGGUUGGAAAUUCUGAAGCCCAUUACAAAACAAGUAAAAAAUCCUAAGGAGGUUGUUUUCAAAUUUAUGGUGAAAUUUUUCCCAGUGGACCCUGGACAUCUGCGAGAAGAGCUUACAAGGUACCUUUUUACUCUUCAAAUAAAGAAGGAUUUGGCUCUAGGAAGGCUUCCAUGCAGUGACAACUGUACAGCUUUGAUGGUAUCUCACAUCUUACAAUCAGAACUGGGAGACUUUUAUGAAGAAACAGAUAAGAAUCACUUGGCACAAACCCAGUACUUACCGAACCAAGACUGUUUAGAGAGCAAGAUCAUACACUUUCAUCAGAAGCACAUUGGCAGGAGCCCAGCUGAAUCUGAUAUUCUGCUACUGGACAUAGCAAGGAAGUUGGAUAUGUAUGGCAUCAGGCCUCACCCCGCCAGUGACGGUGAAGGGAUGCAAAUCCACCUGGCUGUUACUCACAUGGGAGUACUGGUGUUACGGGGAAAUACAAAGAUUAAUACUUUCAAUUGGGCUAAAAUCCGCAAGUUGAGUUUUAAGAGAAAGCAUUUUCUCAUCAAACUUCAUGCCAAUGUCUUGGUGUUGUGCAAGGACACCUUGGAGUUCACCAUGGCCAGUCGAGAUGCCUGCAAGGCUUUCUGGAAGACUUGUGUGGAAUAUCAUGCUUUCUUCAGACUCUCUGAAGAGCCCAAAUCAAAACCCAAAGCCCUUCUCUGCAGCAAGGGUUCCAAUUUCCGCUACAGUGGAAGAACCCAAAGGCAACUUUUGGAAUAUGGAAAAAAAGGGAGGUUGAAGAGCUUGCCAUUUGAAAGAAGACAUUAUCCAUCUCAGUACCAUGAACGACAGUGCAGGUCCUCACCAGACCUCCUCUCUGAUGUCUCAAAACAAGUGGAAGAUUUGAGACUAGCAUAUGGCAGUGGGUACUACCGAAGUGUGAAUGGAGUACAUGCAUCUGAGCCUGUGCUAGACAGUAGAAGGAGAAACUCUGCAGUGGAGGUGACAUUUGCAGCUGAGCUGGAACGUUCCAAACCAGAGGCAGAUCCCACAUCAUUACAUCAGUCGCAUAGUAGUUUUUUCCCUUUUAUUUAUACGGAUCCUGUCUUUAACACUGACCCAGAUCCUGACAAUGAUCCCAGGGACUACUUUGAGGAACGAAGUGCUCUAAGCUCCUUCCAAACAAGCUGUAAGUUUGCUGACAAUCGCAUGAGCACCUCUUCUGGCCUUACAAGCAGAGUGAGUCCAGCAAGAAAGCUAACUUACACAGAUGUGCCCUAUAUUCCUUGUGUUGGUCAGCAGGUUGAUAUUAUGCCUCCCCAAGUCUUUUUUUAUGUAGACAAACAACCCCAGGUGCCCAGAUGGUCUCCAAACAUGACAGAAGAAAGGGAAAGGUCAGACAGCCAUCUAGAUCCCACUACAAUGAAGGCAGCCAAAAGAAGCCCAAGGAAUAUCAGAAUGAAGAGCUUUCAGCGAGACGUUCAAGAACUCCAAGAAGCUAUGGCCAGGACUAGUGGUAGGAGAAACAUCAAUGUAGGUCUAGAAGACACAAAUUUAGAAGAUGCAUUUGCGUGUGAUAUUCAAGAGGAAACCCCUAAACGGUCCCAGAGCCAAUCAGACAUGAAAACUAUCCGUUUUCCUUUUGGGUCAGAAUUUAGACCUUUAGGACCCUGUCCUGCUCUGAGCCGCAAAGUUGACCUGUUUACUUAUAUGUUUGCAGAGCAGGAAUUUCCAACAGUUCUAAUGGAUCAGGGAGCAGCAGAAAGUUAUGUAGCUAGUGAAUCCAGUGAUUCUGAAUCAGAGAUUAAGCCAGACUAUUACUCUUUGUAUGCUAAAGGACUGAAAUUGCCCAUGGCCAGCAUCCGCUUGUCUUCUGGUAGUCUACAGCUAGAAGGAGAAGAUGAAAAUGUUUAUUUUAAGACACCAACUGCUGAAGACAGGACUUUGUUAAAACCAUGUAAUUAUUUUUUAACUUAA